GAAAGAGCACACUAUAUAGGUCAGUUACGUCAAUAGUAGAGCAUAACAACACGGAUGAUCGCACCGAAGCAGUCCAGGCAGCAAAGCAUAUUCAGUGACGGUAAAACAUUCGUCGCUGAGCUGAAAGUAGCCGAAUGAAUCCAAACUCACGGAACUAAAACGUUAUGGAACCGUGAACUGAUUUCAUUGUAGUAACCCGAACUUAAUGCUACGUACAACGACAUCUGUUCAUUCACUUUCGUUUCUUGACUUUGGAGGAACACGGUUUUGUCGCGACUGCUAAAACAAGACAUUUAAUCCAGGAACAAAAGGGAGUCGUCAUGUUCAGUUUCCUCGGACUACGAAAAGAUGGGAAGAAGUCGACAUCCGAGAAGGAGGCAGAUGGAGGCUUUGUCAUCAUCGGAGAAACUGCUGAAGAACAGAGGAGGAAGAUGCAGACCAUGAACGUCACAUAUCCAUCAACAAACGUCAUAGUGCAGCCAUCUAAGUCAUCCUACACGCCUUCAGUUCAACAAGACAACUUAGAGCUCCAUAAACCUUUACCCACCAUAGGGCAAGUACCAGCGCCCUCAGCAACGGAAACUGCUGCGACUCUUCCGGAUGUCCUUGGAGACGUCCCCUUCACUUUGGCUCCUCAUGUCCUGACUAUGCAGGCAGGAUUCCAGCUGAUUCCUGAUGUGCUGCUGUCCCGGGACAUUAACUACAACCUGGCUAAUUUUCACUACGACUUCACUUUAGAGAACUCAGUGCUCCAUAAUGCCUAGUUUGAUUGAAUGUUUAUAACAUGGGCCGUCGGCAGAAGUUCAGAAUGUGGGGAACUAUAUGAGAAGUUACAGCUCUACAACUUAAUGAAUAAGCAAAUGUGAUUCUGUAGAAUUAUGAGGAGUUAAACUUUCACUAAAAUGACAUAAAACACCCCAAAAGUUGUCGAUUUGAAUAGCAUUGAACUUAUGAUGAUGACAAGGUCUGACUGAAUUACUUUGUCGGAACAGAAUGGACUUGUUCCCUGUUAUGCUGCUCAGUGUGAAUACAAGGAGUAAAGUGUGUUAUAAUGAUAUUGUCUAACUGUGAACAGGAUAGUUAUGGGUUAUGACAACUUGGGUCAAUAACAUUUUACUUACCAAGACAUUUGCUGAGUUCUGGGGAUAAUGAUGCAAACAAACACACCUGAAAUGUUGGUGUUAAUCUGACAUUGCUCACAAAUACUGUAUGUAAAACAGGUCAAAUUUGAACCAAGAUGUUGGUUCAAAUUAUGAUGGGCAGUUUACCAAAGAUAGUCUUGGUAAUAGUUUUACCGUCCCCUUUUCAAUUAGCUCAUCUACUCAUUAGAAGGCUUUUGAGGUUUAGUUAUCAAAUUUUACCAACUUCAGUUCAGUUAAAAUUUUAAAUGACGCCAUUGCCUUUUAUAUAUUUGACAUUAUAUGAGGCAGCAACACUUCUUUCAACAAUCCAUGUUUUGAGUGUUUUACACCUGCAAUGACCUCCAUGUCCUUAUUUUACUUCAUGAAUAUGGCCUUCCUUUUGACCCAUCAUAUUUUUCUACCAUGAUUACAAGAUUGCAUUAUCUGCAUUUUCCUGUGGUAUUUCCUCGAUGUGUUAAUGGAACACACUGUUCACUACAUAGGUUAAAAUAUACUCAUUAGUUCUGAGCUCCCUCAAUAUACUGGUGUUCAUAGUGAAUACCCUCUGAAAUUAAACUGAACUAACACUUUUUACACUUUGAAAAAGGGAUUGUUGUGAACAGCACGAGCCCUGUCUCAUUAACUGAUACUGAAGAGUGAUGUGGAACUGCAUAUCAUGUGAAGUUACUUGCUGUUCGUGUUUUAAGCACAGAACAAGGCUCAAGAGCUGCAGGUGUUCCCACGCGUCCUUUGAAAUCCUUGAACCUUUGUCAAGUCCUAAUUUUGAAAAUAGACAAAUAGGCGUGGAUCAUAGGAAAUGUUUGAAUUCAUAUAUUUGUCAAAGAAGGAAUUUAAGGUUUUUAUAUAUUUUAUUUUAUUUAACUUAAAACUAGUAAAUAGACUUUGUGCCACUCUCUGCACUUGUCCCCCAUCGUCUUUCAGCUCUUCAACUCAUUGAUUAGUCUCUAAUGUGCUCAACUUACAUGAUAAGUGCAAUAAGUUGUGCUGUGUUAGAGUUUAUAUUUAAGAGUUUGUGGUAGAAUGAAUAAAUCGUAGCUAUCUUUUCUGCUCUGUUGAUACAUACUGUAAAAAUACAAGGUUUUUAGUUAAUCAUUCAUCCAUCAGUAGUUUUUACUUUGAGUAUUAGUGUCUUAGAUAGAUGCGUACCUUCUACUUUGAACCAUGAUCUCAGCAGAGUACAUGAAGCUAGAUGGACUGAUAUCUUUUUACCUUUGUAUUGUCCUUUGUUUUGGCUUAGUUUGAGAAACAUGCGCUUUUGAACUCAGACUUUGGCAGAGUGAGCUAUACUCUUCAGCAAUACUGUGUUUACCUCUUAAUUCUUUAUACAUGAUCAAACUGGGUCUCUUAAAACCUGAUGUGCCUUUAAUAAGCAGCCCAUACCAUUCAGAUUUGACCUUUCCCUCACUAAGAUGUCACUAAAAUCAGUUCAUGCUGGUUUGGUGUUAUCCUGGUUAUAACUGUGGAAGGCAACUUACUUUACAAAUAAAUUUGAAGAAUGAU